GAAAACUUUAAAGAACAGAAACAUGGGAGUAAGUUUUUAAAUCAACAAGGAAGUGCUUGACAAAAAAAAAGUUAUAUCUAAAUUGUGUGCUAUUAUUGAUUAAAAUUGCUUGUCAUGGAAGGUAUUUUUUUCUCAGCUGCUUUCCAGCAUGUUCGUGAUAAUAUUGAAGAUCUCAAUGAUCGAGUUGGUGCUAGAGAAACUGACAUCAGUUUUUUGAAGGGUUUGAUGGAGUCACCUGUUGUUUGCUCUCUAAUAAAGGUGCAAGAUCAAUUGGAAGAAAAUUGUCAGUCUGAACUACCUGUUGGUAUUGGUUCUAAGUUGCUAAAAGAGGUCAGAAAGUUGUGUUAUAGUACUAAAAAUAAAGAAAAUAUGGAAUUAGCAAAGUUGUUAGAUAAUCCUCAUAUAGAAGCUAUGGUCGAAGCUCAUGACAUUGUUGCUGGUAAGAAAUACGAUUCGCCUCGCCAGAGAGAGUCUCCUCGAGUUUCGACUCCGCCAUUUUUUCAAAUGCGGGCCCAAACCGCAGAAGCUAUUAGAAUGGUUGGAGUUCGCAAAACAGAUGAAGAACCAUUGGGUAUAACUGUUCAGAAUGAUGAUGGUCAUCUUGUUAUAGCCAGGAUUCUUGCUGGUGGCAUAAUUGACCGUCAAGGCUUGCUGAAUGUCGGUGAUACAAUACUUGAAAUAAAUGGGGUUGAAUUGGAUUCUCCUGCAGAGUUGCAGCAGCAGCUUUCAAAAUCAUCGGGAAGUGUGACAUUUAAAAUUCGCCCUUCAAAUUCAGAUACUAUUCCUCCAGCCCAGACAUACGUGAAAGCACUAUAUGCAUAUGAUCCAUCAAAAGACUCAUUACUACCAUGUAAAGAAAUUGGCCUUGCAUUUAAACAAGGAGAUAUAUUACAAAUUUUGAAUCAAGAUGACCCUAACUGGUGGCAGGCUCGACGACUUGAAACUGACGGCCACGCUGGAUUAAUUCCUUCUCAAGAGCUUGAAGAGCGUCGUCGGGCUUUUGUUCGCCCACAGUAUGAUCAUGCUACUAAAAGUACGAUGUGUGGGACAAAAAUCACUAAAAAGAAACGUAAGACAAUGUAUCAGAGCAGAGCUAAUGCAGAGUUCGACAAAGCUGAGUUGCUUCUGUAUGAAGAAUGUGCCAAAAUGCCGCCGUGUGAAUGGGAAAGAAAAACUUUAGUACUGCUUGGAGCCCAAGGCGUUGGUUGCCAAAUAAUGAAGAAUAAGCUCAUACGGGAUGAUCCAUCCAGAUUUGGUACUCCUGUAGCUCAUACUUCAAGACCAAUUAGAGAAAAUGAAGAGGAUGGAAAGCACUAUUGUUUUGUAACUCGUGAAGCUAUGGAGGUGGAUAUUGCCGAAAAUAAAUACCUUGAAUUCGGGGAGCUUAAUGGACAUCUGUAUGGCACUAAACUGGAAUCUGUUAGAGCUAUAAUCCGUUCUGGGAAAAUGUGCAUACUAGACUGCAACCCACAAGUUCUAAAAUACCUAAAGACAUCCGAGUUUAUGCCCUACGUUGUUUUCAUUGCUGCCCCUCCAAUGGAUCAACUAAGGCACAUGCAGUUUGAUUCUGGAAGAAGUUAUAAUUAUAGCAGCAGAAAUCUUACUUUUGACCGUGCUCUGGGCAGACAUGGAUCAAGACGUGCAAGGACCAUGGAAAGUUUGGCUUCAUUAUAUGAGGAAGAAGAUCUUCAAACCACAGUUGAAGAAAGUGCCAGGCUGCAGCGUGCAUAUGAAAGAUACUUUGAUUUAGUUCUUCUAAAUGCAAAUUUUAAUAAAACCUUUGAAGAACUGAAAGCUGCGAUUGAUGCAUUGACUACACAACCACAGUGGGUGCCUAUAUCUUGGGUUUAUUGAGGUCCAGCAAGAUUGUUCAUACUUCAACAUAUUUUAUAACAAUGUGUGAUAAAAAAAAAUUAGUUUUGAACUAAAAGCUCUGAUUUUAUGACAGUUGUUGAAUCUUUAUGUAUGUAUAAGGUGACCAUACGUUUAAUUUUGAACAAGAUAAUGCCUUUUCAGGCAGCCUGCUUGUUGUCCCAUCAAGUUUUCGAACGCUGCAAUAUUUUUUAAGUGACAGAAAGGGAGGCAGAAUGUUUUAGACAAAAGUCGCUGGGUGGCAUUGUGUUAGCAUUUUCUUACCAAUGUAAAUCAUGCAAACUUUUGCAUAUUUAUUGAUUGUUUUAUAUCUUCCAGACCUCAAUGCACCAGCAUAAAAGGAGUUUGCACUUAUGAAUAAUUUUGGUUUCUAGUGGAAAAACACAUUUGCAAAUUAUAAUUCUUGAAGUAAUGUUGAUUACAAGAGUAAAUAAUAUAAAAUCCUGCCAUAGAUUUCAUUCUUGAUUAAAAUUUUCACCAAAUGUGCUCAGGCAAUUUUAUGCAUUAAAAAUGCAAUGCUACAUCAACUCUGAUUAUUUAAGUGUUAAUUUUUUUAAUAAGCAUUAAGUAAAAAAUAUGCAAUUUCUUUUUUAAAUGUACUAGCAGCAGGCUCGUUAUUUAGAGGGAUCAGGAGGUGGCAAUUGACCCCCCCCCCCCCCCCCCCCCCGCUUUGAAAAAUAAGUAAAUCCAUAUAUGUUGGCGUAAUUUUAUUUAUUCAUUUAUUUUUUCAGUGUAAGAUGCAUUAAGUAUAUACCCUUUGAUCCCUUCUGGAAAAAAUUGAAAUGAUGGGCCUGACCAGCAGUUGCCUAAUUUUGUUAACUGUUUCACUUUGAGGGAAAACAAUAAAUGGUCACCUUAUGUAUGUGUGUGAGAGUUUAAUCUGAGAUACGUCAUGUUGACAGAGACUAUUAAAAAAUGAAAAAUGCUCAAUGUAAAUUCACAGUUCAUAAUAUAGUUUGUCAUAUUUGUCUUGUAUUGUCAAUUACUUACCUUUGUUUUCUGGAAAGCAUUUAUCUACUCAUUUCAUCUAACCAUGUGUCGGUAACAACUUAAAAUGGUUUAAAAUAAUCUGAAUGUCUCAUGUAUUGUAUUUCAGCUUUCAAUUUAACCCCUUGAAAUAUGAUAGGAUCUCGGAGGCAUGUAUCUACAGUGCAAGGACGGAUCCAGCUUUUAGUUUUGAAAAUGCACAAGGGUCAUUUUUGACAAUAAAUACCCCCCUAUUUAUUGUCAAAAAUGACUCUUGUGAUCUUUGGCGGUGAUCUUUCCCCCUAAGUCCCCUUGUGGUCUUUUUAAAAACAUAAGUCCCAAAAUUUCUGCUUCAUGCUAUCUUGGAUCACUUACAGGGAGAUCGUGACCCCCCCCCCCCCAACCCCUUCUGGAUCCACACCUGCUACAACUGACAUUUGAAACUGUUUAAGCCUAUGAUGGAACAUGAAAUGAAAGACAUCUAUACAUCAUGGUGUGCCAAAGGAUAAUGUUAUUAUAAAUUUAUUGUAAUUUGCUAGGGGGAAUUGUUAGGGUUAAUUUCUUACACUAUUCAGUUGAGAAAAAAAAUGAAUUAUCUCCAAAUUCACUUUUAUUUUUAUUGCAUUGUAAAAAUGUCAAAAGAUUAUUGAGAAAAUGGACCUGGCCCAAGAAAAUGGAUCUGGUCCAAAAUGGACCAGGACACAGAUGCAUGAGUAUCCUCCUAAUUGUGUAAUUGGGGAAAAUUUGUCGUCAACAUUAGUUAAGAGCGCUAAGUCUUAUGCAGUGGACAAAAGACGGGCACUCAUUUUCCAAUUGGAAUUCUAUGGGAUGGGCUGCUGACUGUUGGUAUGCAUUCAGAUGAGUAAUUAAGGGUGGAUCCUGUUUUUGCUUUUGAAGGCGGAUUGGCUAAAAGGGGGGGGGGGGGGACUUAAAGUGCAAUUUUCAGACAUAAAUAGCGGAUCUGAGAUGAAUUUUUUGAAAUAUGCAUCCCGAAAAUGCUGCUUUAGGCUAAAUUUCAUUACUUAUUGACUAGAGGGUGGGAGGGGUAUGGUACCCCUUCUGGAUCUGCGCUUGUUAAUAGUGAUGCUUGCUAAAUUGCAAACAAAAAAUCGUCCUCACAGGAUUAAGUUGUAUGCUUUUAAAUUGUCUUAAGCUCUGCAUUGUUUUGUAUUAUUGAUUCUUGAAAUGUAAAAAACCUGGUGAAUUGAUGCUGCGGUCAUUUUAAAUAAUGUAUUGGUGCUCGCAGUUAAAAUCAAGCUUUGUAUUGCAUUAUUGGUUGAGUUUAUAACUCAAGUAUUUGCUUGAGGUGCAACAAAUUAUAUUUAUUUAAAAUAUUUGUUACGUUUAAUGGUAGGAGUGAAUCCUUUGUUAUAUUUUAAUGAUUAUUUUAGGUUUUGAGAAUCUCAUAUGCAUUAUUUUUCUUUGUAGGUGGUGGUAAAGGAUUUUAUUUCAUUUAAAGAUAUAUUGAUAUUUUAAAAAUAUUUUUAGUUUUUAUUUCUGUAUUUUAGACAUUUUUACUUUUGCUUGGCCAUUUUUCUGUUGUUUCAGCUUUUUAAAAAAGGAUGUGAUAAAUAUUGUUUUGGGUAUUUUCAUGACUGAUAAAUGUCAAAUCAGUUGUUGUAUGCACUUAAUUUUAAAGUGAUUCAGAUUAUGAGUUUUUUAAGCAGCUAUUUUUUUCUAGAUUUAUUUUUACUUUUACUUUUACACUAAUGAACACAAUUUAAAUCCCAAGUGCAUUACAUUGUAUUUCAUAAACAUUCCAUUUCCCUGAUAUAUUUAUACUAACUGUUUUAUAUACCUUGUGUCGUUUUUACUAUGGCUGUCGUUUAGCAAUCCUUAUAUCAUAUUAUUGUGUAGCCGUUUUUUUUCUAAUCACAUAUAUUUUCUCUGAAAGUUUGAAAUAAAUUUCUAGGACUAUGU